AUGCUAUUGAGUUCUUGUGGCAGCAGAGAUUCAGGCAUUAAAGAAACUGUACUCUUUUUAAGUCCAAGUGCCUUGAUAAAUGAAAAGAAUCUUCACUUUCUAAUAAGUAUUCCUGUAAAAGCUAAUUUCCAUAGAGAUGCCUUACCCCACUGCUUCUGCGCCCCCUUCUCUGUCCUCACACAUUGCCAAGUUUGUUAUAUGGAUGUCUGCUUGUACAGCCAAUUGAAUAAAUAUGUGCCUUUUGAAAUUUUAUUUUUUAAGAUUUUAAGUGGAUUUAUAGUUAGUAAAAAUAAGCUUUUUAAAGUGGUUUAG